AUGCUUCACACGGCCAUAUCAUGUUGGCAGCCAUUCCUGGGUCUGGCUGUGGUGUUACUCUUCAUGGGAUCCACCAUUGGCUGCCCUGCUCGCUGUGAGUGCUCUGCCCAGAACAAAUCCGUAAGCUGCCACAGAAGGCGGCUGAUCGCCAUCCCCGAGGGCAUACCCAUUGAGACCAAAAUCUUGGACCUCAGCAAGAACAGGCUGAAGAGUGUCAACCCUGAAGAGUUCAUAUCCUAUCCUCUGCUGGAGGAGAUAGAUUUGAGUGACAACAUCAUCGCCAAUGUGGAGCCCGGAGCUUUUAACAAUCUCUUUAACCUUCGUUCCCUCCGCCUCAAAGGUAACCGCCUGAAACUGGUCCCCUUAGGGGUCUUCACGGGGCUAUCCAACCUCACCAAGCUGGACAUUAGUGAGAAUAAGAUUGUCAUUUUACUGGACUACAUGUUCCAGGACCUGCACAACCUGAAGUCUCUAGAGGUGGGGGACAACGAUUUGGUCUAUAUAUCACACAGGGCUUUCAGCGGACUGCUUAGCUUGGAACAGCUCACCCUGGAGAAAUGCAACCUCACGGCAGUACCAACAGAAGCCCUUUCCCACCUCCGCAGCCUCAUUAGCCUGCAUCUGAAGCAUCUCAAUAUCAACACUAUGCCCGUGUAUGCCUUUAAACGACUGUUCCACCUGAAACAUCUGGAGAUCGACUAUUGGCCAUUAUUGGAUAUGAUGCCUGCCAAUAGCCUCUAUGGUCUCAACCUCACAUCCCUCUCCAUCACCAACACCAACCUGUCCACAGUCCCCUUCCUCGCCUUUAAACACCUGGUGUAUCUGACCCACCUCAACCUCUCCUACAAUCCCAUCAGCGCCAUCGAAGCCGGCAUGUUCUCGGACCUGAUCCGCCUUCAGGAGCUUCACAUAGUGGGCGCCCAGCUCCGCACCAUUGAGCCUCACUCCUUCCAAGGGCUCCGCUUCCUCCGUGUGCUCAAUGUGUCUCAGAAUCUACUGGAGACUUUGGAAGAGAACGUCUUCUCCUCCCCUAGGGCUUUGGAGGUCCUGAGCAUCAACAACAACCCUCUGGCCUGCGACUGCCGUCUCCUGUGGAUCCUGCAGCGGCACCCCACGCUGCAGUUCGGCGGCCAGCAGCCCAUGUGUGCCGGCCCCGACACCAUCCGCGAGAGAUCGUUCAAGGAUUUCCACAGCACUGCCCUUUCUUUUUACUUUACCUGCAAAAAACCCAAAAUCCGUGAAAAGAAGCUGCAGCAUCUGCUAGUGGACGAAGGGCAGACGGUCCAACUCGAGUGCAGCGCGGACGGAGACCCUCAGCCUGUCAUUUCCUGGGUGACGCCGCGGAGGCGUUUUAUCACUGCCAAGUCCAACGGAAGAGCCACCGUGUUGGGCGACGGCACCUUGGAAAUCCGCUUUGCCCAGGAUCAAGACAGCGGGAUGUACGUUUGCAUCGCCAGCAACGCGGCGGGGAACGACACCUAUACGGCCUCUUUAACGGUGAAAGGCUUCACCUCAGACCGCUUCCUUUAUGCCAACAGGACCCCUAUGUACAUGACAGACUCCAACGACACCAUGUCCAACGGCACCAAUGCCAACACUUUCUCCCUGGACCUCAAAACAAUACUGGUGUCUACGGCCAUGGGCUGUUUCACAUUCCUGGGAGUGGUUUUAUUUUGUUUUCUCCUCCUUUUUGUGUGGAGCCGAGGGAAAGGCAAGCAUAAAAACAGCAUUGACCUCGAGUAUGUGCCCCGAAAAAACAAUGGUGCUGUUGUGGAAGGGGAGGUGGCUGGACCCAGAAGGUUCAACAUGAAAAUGAUCUGAGGGUCUAGCACUCACGCUGUUGUUUCUGGGCCGGUGUUGGUCACCAGUGAGACAGCUGGCACAAUUAAUGACUAGGUUAGAAGGUGGCCUCCUGCAGCUGCCCUGGAGCAAAGCAGGGUCCAUGGGAGCAGGAGGACUUCUCAUGGAGACUCUCCACCUAGAGGGAGGCAGGCAGACCCGUGUCGGAGCCCUUCACAGUGGGAUACUAAUUGUUUGCAUUGCAAAUAUCGGCAUUCUGGGGAUCUCAGUAAUGAACCUGAACCUUUGGCUCAUGCUCAUGGACAGUUACUCCACAUUUUCUACCAUGGCAAAAACAAAAGAAAAAAACAAGGAACAACCUACAAUGUAGGAUUUACAUAUUAAAAAGACACAUUUGUCAAAAACAUACUCUACGGAAAAAUUUGUAUCUAUGAUUCUCAUUUGUUAAAGCCUUGCAUCAUACCAUAUUGUUGGUUCAGCACCACAAUGAAAUCAAUAUAUUCUUUACUCUUUU